GUACUGAAAAAUAACCUCCUACCCAAUACAGAAAUGAGUUCGUUACUUUUGCUGCUACUAGCGUGUUUGGUGGGCGUGGCACAUUCCUGCUCCUGUGCCCGAAGGAGGUACAAUGCUGAGGUUUGUGACGACAGAGUAAAGUACAUCAUCAAGGUGAAGAUAGAACAGGAUCUUGAUGAUAAGGAAUCAUUUAAUGAUGAUGACCAGGGCGACGUGGACUCCUAUGUUUGGCCGCCUCUCACUACCGACAUGCCGACCACAACCACCACGGACUGGUACAGGAUCCGCCGAGUACGAGCCAAGAUCCUCCACUUCUACAAAGGAAAAGGAGAACUGGGCACGGAUAUAAUCCUGGAGAGUGGCAUGAUGGACUCCAUGUGCGGUAUUGGUGCCUGGCUGACCCCCGGAGAGAAGUUCGCUCUUUCAACCAACAGUCUGGAGGUAGCCAAGAUGGGCCUCUGUUCCUUCAACUUUGUGGUUGGAGGCUGGGAAUGGGACCAAGUGGAACCAGUGCUGAAGAACCAUGACUGUGACUGCAAGUUACAGGCGUGUCGGAUGAGGGUAAACAGAAAAGUACUCCGAGGAAUGUGCAAGGAUACCGCUGCUUACUGCGCUCAAGAUGACAAAGGGAAGUGUAGGUGGUACAAUGCUGAGUCUAUAGAAUCUUGUAGACUUCCCCCGUACAUGAGAAGGAACUGAACACUCGGACCCUGCCAAGAGCAAUUACUUACAAGAACAAAUUUAUUCCAAAGAACUGUGAAGAAAGGACGCCCAUGUUUUCCUUAACGAAUGAUACCCGUACAA